AUGAAUGGUGCAAAACGUAUGUACACUGUGUCAGGACAAGAAGUUCGGAGUUUUUCUCAACUUCGAAAUGAAUUUGCCGAUGUCGAUACGUUUUAUUUAGGCAUAGGUAGUGUAGGUGGAGGAGCAACACCAGCUGUUAUGCUGUCACCUGUCAGAAGAGCAAGAUCAAGGGCUCCUCAAACCGCAAUUGUUGAAGAUAUAAGUAAACAGAGAAGGGCGAGAAGUAAGAGUAGACCAAGGGCACUAUAUGCUCCAGAAAAUGAAAUUAUUAGGACAAAUGAUUAUACGUUAUUGGAAGUGUUAAAGGAAGAGCCAGUUCGAGUUACAAUCAAAGGUUUAAGAAGAACCUUUUAUCCUCCUGUUCAUCAUGCGCCCGUAGACAAUACUCCUCCCGAAAAGAAAAUGGCGUUAGAAUGGGUGUAUCCUUUAUAUUCAGAAAAAUAA